CGAGCUGAGGGUGUACGAGUCGGCCAAGUGGGCGUGCCACGACGAGAUGCGAAAGCGGCCCAAGAUGUACACCAGCUUCAUGAAGCUCUUCGGCUACAUCACAGGCGAGAACGAGAAGGGCCAAACCAUCAACAUGACCGCCCCCGUCACCAUGAUGGAGGAGCCCCUUGACGGCGACGCCAACAGGUACCAGAUGUGCUUCUACAUCCCGGCCGCCCAUCAGCUCGAGCCGCCCAAGCCCACUGACCCCAACGUCUACAUUGAGGUCCGCCCACGCCUUACCGUGGCAGCCAGAACCUUCGGCGGCUGGGUGAGCAAGAUGCGAGAAUGGGUCACUCGUAAAGACGACUUGGAACGCGACCUCAAAGCCGCCGGGGAACAGGGCGUCGACUACACACGUUUCUACGGAGCUGGCUACGAUUCCCCCAUGAAGUACAAGAACCGGAGGAACGAGGUGUGGUUCGUCGUGGACCAGUAAGAACCGCUGCCGUGCUGGUUCCGCCCCGUCGACGACGUCCAAGAGCCGGACGCGAUGGCGCUGCGCCGGAGGGCCUUCGGCGUCGCUUCCGGAUUGCUGCUUCUGGAAUGACGACCUUCUGCACGUGCAAAAUUUUGCUUUAGUUAGAGUUCAGGACUGAAAAGUAUUCAGUGAUAACGAACAUUUGGUGAUCUGAAUAAAUUG